UGCUGCUGAUUGGCUGGGGAGUCGAGGGGGCGGGAUCACCCAAGGGGAACCCGGGUUCUAAGUUCCGCUCUGCCUUCUAAACUACAACUCCCAGGAAGCAUUGAGGCGGCGCCUGACGGCCACAUCUGCUGCUCCUCAUUGGUCCGGCGGCAGGGGAGGGGGUUUUGAUUGGCUGAGGGUGGAGUUUGUAUCUGCAGGUUUAGCGCCACUCUGCUGGCUGAGGCUGCGGAGAGUGUGCGGCUCCAGGUGGGCUCACGCGGUCGUGAUGUCUCGGGAGUCGGAUGUUGAGGCUCAGCAGUCUCAUGGCAGCAGUGCCUGUUCACAGCCCCAUGGCAGCGUUACCCAGUCCCAAGGCUCCUCCUCACAGUCCCAGGGCAUAUCCAGCUCCUCUACCAGCACGAUGCCAAACUCCAGCCAGUCCUCUCACUCCAGCUCUGGGACACUGAGCUCCUUAGAGACAGUGUCCACUCAGGAACUCUAUUCUAUUCCUGAGGACCAAGAACCUGAGGACCAAGAACCUGAGGAGCCUACCCCUGCCCCCUGGGCUCGAUUAUGGGCCCUUCAGGAUGGAUUUGCCAAUCUUGAGACAGAGUCUGGCCAUGUUACCCAAUCUGAUCUUGAACUCCUGCUGUCAUCUGAUCCUCCUGCCUCAGCCUCCCAAAGUGCUGGGAUAAGAGGUGUGAGGCACCAUCCCCGGCCAGUUUGCAGUCUAAAAUGUGUGAAUGACAACUACUGGUUUGGGAGGGACAAAAGCUGUGAAUAUUGCUUUGAUGAACCACUGCUGAAAAGAACAGAUAAAUACCGAACAUACAGCAAGAAACACUUUCGGAUUUUCAGGGAAGUGGGUCCUAAAAACUCUUACAUUGCAUACAUAGAAGAUCACAGUGGCAAUGGAACCUUUGUAAAUACAGAGCUUGUAGGGAAAGGAAAACGCCGUCCUUUGAAUAACAAUUCUGAAAUUGCACUGUCACUAAGCAGAAAUAAAGUUUUUGUCUUUUUUGAUCUGACUGUAGAUGAUCAGUCAGUUUAUCCUAAGGCAUUAAGAGAUGAAUACAUCAUGUCAAAAACUCUUGGAAGUGGUGCCUGUGGAGAGGUAAAGCUGGCUUUCGAGAGGAAAACAUGUAAGAAAGUAGCCAUAAAGAUCAUCAGCAAAAGGAAGUUUGCUAUUGGUUCAGCAAGAGAGGCAGACCCAGCUCUCAAUGUUGAAACAGAAAUAGAAAUUUUGAAAAAGCUAAAUCAUCCUUGCAUCAUCAAGAUUAAAAACUUUUUUGAUGCAGAAGAUUAUUAUAUUGUUUUGGAAUUGAUGGAAGGGGGAGAGCUGUUUGACAAAGUGGUGGGGAAUAAACGCCUGAAAGAAGCUACCUGCAAGCUCUAUUUUUACCAGAUGCUCUUGGCUGUGCAGUACCUUCAUGAAAACGGUAUUAUACACCGUGACUUAAAGCCAGAGAAUGUUCUACUGUCAUCUCAAGAAGAGGACUGUCUUAUAAAGAUUACUGAUUUUGGGCACUCCAAGAUUUUGGGAGAGACCUCUCUCAUGAGAACCUUAUGUGGAACCCCCACCUACUUGGCGCCUGAAGUUCUUGUUUCUGUUGGGACUGCUGGGUAUAACCGUGCUGUGGACUGCUGGAGUUUAGGAGUUAUUCUUUUUAUCUGCCUUAGUGGGUAUCCACCUUUCUCUGAGCAUAGGACUCAAGUGUCACUGAAGGAUCAGAUCACCAGUGGAAAAUACAACUUCAUUCCUGAAGUCUGGGCAGAAGUCUCAGAGAAAGCUCUGGACCUUGUCAAGAAGUUGUUGGUAGUGGAUCCAAAGGCACGUUUUACGACAGAAGAAGCCUUAAGACACCCGUGGCUUCAGGAUGAAGACAUGAAGAGAAAGUUUCAAGAUCUUCUGUCUGAGGAAAAUGAAUCCACAGCUCUACCCCAGUUUCUAGCCCAGCCUUCUACUAGUCGAAAGCGGCCCCGUGAAGGGGAAGCCGAGGGUGCCGAGACCACAAAGCGCCCGGCUGUGUGUGCUGCUGUGUUGUGAACUCCGUGGUUUGAACAUGAAAGAAAUGUACCUUCUUUCACUCUGUCAUCUUUCUUUUCUUUGAGUCUGUUUUUUUAUAGUUUGUAUUUUAAUUAUGGGAAUAAUUGCUUUUUCACAGUCACUGAUGUACAAUUAAAAACCUGAUGGAACCUGG